AUGGCAUCCUCCCAGUCGUCGCUGGUAGCAAGCCUGCUGCCUGGUCUUCUUUCUUCGGCCGUCUCCCCGUCAAGAUCGUCCAUAUCUGCGAGUUCUUCUAUCCACCAACGUUUUGUCGCACCAUCAAACUCCACCUCAGGGACUCCUCAUGACCAUGAUGGGAGUAACGGGGGAAGCAUGCAUGAAUGGUCAUCGCUCAUUGGAAUUAUUACGGCUUUAUGCGGCAAUGUUUUGAUCUCACUGGCUCUCAAUAUCCAACGUUACGCGCACAUUCGGAUCGCAAGAGAAUGGGAACAGGCAAAGAAUCGCAACGGGGGAUUUGGAAGCAAUGGAACGCGCGUCGGGUUGAGGGGAAGAUCCCGGGCCCAAUACCGAGACUCCGAGCAGAAUGACUUUGAACCUUAUCGCGACGAUGAUGGCGACGACACCGAGGGGAGGAACCCUGGUUUAAGCUCGCGUGCCACUAGCACCGGAAGUAAGGAUGGUGCAGGCGGAAACCGCAAAUCCUACCUCAAGUCUCCGUACUGGUGGAUUGGAAUCGUGCUCAUGGUUGUAGGCGAAAUGGGCAAUUUCAUGGCCUACGGCUUUGCGCCGGCAUCGAUUGUCUCGCCAUUGGGAGUCGUGGCUUUGAUAUCGAAUUGCAUUAUUGCGCCAUGCUUGCUUAAGGAAAAAUUCCGCAAGCGAGAUCUCUGGGGCGUGCUCGUCUCCGUUGCUGGUGCCGUCGUUGUGGUUCUCAGUGCUAAAUCGUCUGAAGAACAAAUUGGGCCUGGUGAAAUUUGGGCGAGCAUCACUCGAUGGGAGUUCGAGCUCUAUCUCGGGUUGACUACGUCGUUGAUUAUCGGUCUCAUGUGGGCAAGCCACCAGUAUGGCUCACGAUCGAUUCUUAUUGAUGUUGGGCUCGUUGCAUUAUUUGGCGGAUACACGGCUCUUUCUACGAAGGGUGUCUCUUCGCUUCUGUCUGGCACAUUGUGGCAUGUUAUUACAUUUCCUAUCACGUAUCUUCUUGCCUUCGUCCUUGUCUCCAGUGCAUUAAUGCAAAUCCGUUAUAUCAAUCGUGCUCUGCAGCGCUUCGAUUCCACCCAGGUGAUUCCGACGCAGUUUGUUCUCUUCACUCUCGCUGUCAUCAUUGGAAGUGCGGUCCUUUACCGUGAUUUUGAAUCGAUAACAGCCCAGCGCGCGGCAAAGUUUGUUGGCGGAUGUCUGUUGACUUUCCUUGGGGUUUACUUCAUCACGAGCGGUAGAGUCCGCGCCGACAAUGAGUCGUCAUUUUCGUCCGAAGACGAGGAGGGGUCCAUUGGCUUACUCAAUGGCGAAAGGUAUUAUGACAGGAUUGAUUUGCCCCCGCCUGGCCGUCAACCGCCGAAGACAUCAGACGUUUCCUUAGAAACACAAUAUGACGUUCCACAGUCCCCAAGGGGGUCCAUAUUGAGCCAACGCACUGAUGGAGUCGAUGAUGAUCAGUAUACUCCUAGAGGCGUUAUUUCCGCCGCGCCCUCCUCGCCUCUUGGAUCUUUAACCGAUGCAUCUCCUCUAUCUGCUCCGUCUUUUGAGUACACGUCACCGUUGCGGCCCCCAUCUCGCAUGUCCAACCCAUGGGCAGACAUCGAAGAGCAGGUUGUCGUGACCCCGCAGUCUGAUAUCCGCCCGAUUACUCCUCCCGGACAGGAAGACGAGGCGGCACAAGCCUCAACAGUCCUCCUGCGGUUCCCUCCUGCACCCGGUCUUGAAGAAGCAGCCCGGGCCAUUGAUAACGUCGGUACUGUCCGACGUGCUUCAACCCCCACGACUUUAGAUCAAGCCACCCAACCUAUUCGCAACGAUCCCCCCCUUGAAACACCGUCACGGCGCCCUUUGCGCAGUUCUAUCUCUCAUCGUUUCUCCCCUGGGCCUCUGCUUCCCACACUUUCCGGUGGCUUCACUGCAGUGGUCGCUGAUUCAAUCCGGCGUGGCGAUGGUAGCCCUAUCAAGGAUCGAACAAGGCGGAGAUUGCAACGUCGGCGUCCACUCGACGGCGCUUUUGCAGAUCCAUCUCUCGAAGGAAAUAGUGACGCAGCGCUUUCACUUGCAACUGCUCGCCUUCAGUCGGCCACCAGCCUAGCGGACAGACCUGCGGAUGCUGGCCAUUCGACCGAAGCUCUCGCGACAGAAAUAAAUACCGCACCAAGGCAAUCCACCAACAAAGAUGUGACCCGUCUUCGCAGCCUGAGUGACUCGUGGAGUGGUGGGCUUGCAUGGCUGGGUGGCGCCCUUCGUAAAGCUCAGAACACUAAAACAGCCGACAGUGUUGCUGCUACGGGGACGCCAACACCAGAGAAUCAGACACAGCCCGAGCCAAGCUACAACACCGGUGAUUCUGACACUGAGACGGAAGCUCGGCGAUAA